UGGUGGUUGGCUGGGGGUCCGCAGGAUAACUCCGGCGAGGGGGGCCUUUGUCCUUCAGUGGCUGUGAGGCAGCUGCCGCGUCGGUAUAGUGGACCGUGGCGCGGCGCGGGGCCGAGAGCCGGCGGGCGAGCGAGCGAGGGGGGCAGGAGGGGCGGACGGCGCGGCGGCGGCGGGCGCUGGAGGAGCCUGAGAAAGAGUGCAGAAAGCAGGCACUCGCGCGCCCGCGGUGGCAGGAGCAGCCCGCAAGCCGCUCUCACUCUGUAGGGCACCUGCAGUUGCAAUAUGACUUUGGAGGAAUUCUCGGCUGGAGAGCAGAAGACCGAAAGGAUGGAUAAGGUGGGGGAUGCCCUCGAGGAAGUGCUCAGCAAAGCCCUGAGUCAGCGCACCAUAACCGUCGGGGUGUACGAGGCGGCCAAGCUGCUCAACGUCGACCCCGAUAACGUGGUGCUGUGCCUGCUGGCGGCGGACGAGGACGACGACAGGGACGUGGCUCUGCAGAUCCACUUCACCCUGAUCCAGGCGUUCUGCUGCGAGAACGACAUCGACAUCCUGCGCGUCAGCAACCCUGGCCGGCUGGCCGAGCUCCUGCUCCUGGAGAGUGACGCGGGCCCCGCGUUGAGCGAGGGCGCGGAGCAGCCCCCGGACUUGCACUGCGUGCUGGUGACGAAUCCACAUUCAUCACAGUGGAAGGAUCCUGCCUUAAGUCAACUUAUUUGUUUUUGCCGGGAAAGUCGCUACAUGGAUCAGUGGGUUCCAGUGAUUAAUCUCCCUGAACGGUGAUGGCAUCUGAAUGAAAAUAACUGAACCAAAUUGCACUGAAGUUUUGAAAUACCUUUGUAGUUACUCAAGCAGUUACUCUCUACACUGAUGCAAGGAUUACAGAAACUGAUGUCAAGGGGCUGAGUGAGUUCAACUACAUGUUCUGGGAGCCCAGAGACAGAUGACUUUGCAGAUGGAAAGAGGUGAAAAUGAAGAAGGAAGCUGUGUGGAAACAGAAAUACAAGUCAAAAGGAACAAAAAUUACAAAGAACCACGCAGGAAGGAAAACAAAACCAUGUAUUAAUUUAGGAUGGUUGAGUUACAUUUAAAUGAACCAAAUAUGCUUUGUUAAAGUUUAAAUGUGCGGCAGUAGUUUGGGUAAUUUUGGUUUAUACGCCCUCAAGUAAAAAAGAAAAAAGCAGAAAGGGUUAAUCAUAUUUUAAAACCAUAUUUUAUUGUAUUUUGAUGAGAUGUUAAAUUCUCAAAGUUUUAUUAUAAAUUGUACUAAGUUAUUUUAUGACAUGAAAUGUUAUUUAUGCUAUAAAUUUUUUGAAACACAAUACUUACAAUAAACUGGUAUGGAAUAAUUGCAUCAUUUCUUUUUGUGUGUUUUGUUUCUUUUAACUUGGACUUUCUUUUAAAGAAGUUUCUUUUUAAUAUGGAAAAAUUAAAACCCUUGUGAA